AUGAUGGAGGAGCCGCUCUCCCCUACAAGUGCGUUGAUAUGUCACUCCUUACACAAUCACAGCCAGCCUCCACCCGUGGCCAUCGUGCACGAAGCCAAUCUGAACCGGCGACCAUCCAGCAAGGCCUCCACGGGCAUGGAGAUGGGCCUUGGUUGCUACGCGCAUUCUACUAGGAUGGUUGGCGAUAUGGUCUUGAGGCCACUAUCAUCAAGUGCGACUGCAGGGAGGCGGCAUUCAAACCCCGUCAUCCCUGUCGGGCUGGAUGGCUACUCACAAGAUCUCCAGGCGUCUGAGGGCCUGGUGGAAGGAGGAAGUCUGCGAGUGCUCUCAGAGGAAGAAGUGAUCCAACGGGCAUCGAAUGCUCUGUCAUACUUCAGGGCUACUCGGCAGAUCAAUCGUCAAGCACGUAGCGUUGAGGAAAUGGAAUCAGCCCUGGAACGUGCAAGACAGCGGCGAAAGUCUGAGGAACUUCGGCCCACAAAGAAGUUGCUUGAACUUGAGGAGGAGCAUGUCAUGUCUGACAAUGAGGAGAACGAGGUGGAACCAACUCCCAAGAUGACCUUGGCAGAACGAAUGGGCUACGGAGUGAAGGGCAAGCAGAUCUCGAAAUGGAAGAAGACCCCUCAACAGCCCAAGAAGAAAGGAGUCAUGACCUCAGCCGACUCUGCAUUUCGGCUGGGAGCAAUGACCUCCUUUCCCGGCUUCAAGGCUCAAGCAAUUGACCUCUGCAAUGAGGCAACGAAUGAGGCAACCUUGAACUGCCUUGCGCAUUUGCCUUGCGCAUUUUCACCAGUGAGGUCAGAGUGGCGGGCAUAUUGCGUCAGCCUCAGCUUAGAAUUUGGCAAAGGUUUCCACACUGAACCCGCCUCCAGUUUCGUCAAACUUGAAGCAUUAGGUGCCUGGCACUACAUGUCGGUGCUCAGGAUUGCCCUGAUGGAUCAUAUCGAUCGUCUGAGAUCGUCUUUGGUUGUGGUGGCGGAUACGGCCUUCAGAACCUUUCCCUGGCUCCAGCAGCCACGAGCUGGGAAGCUCAGUGAGAGCGCUCCCAUGGCCAUUCCUUUGGGGGCAGAAGGUUUUCGGGUCUCUGCAUCUUCCAGCUCUGGCCCUUUAAGCCUGCAGCUCCGUGAUGAUGCGAAUAAUGUUCUUGUAGCAGCUCAAGAUCAUGGUCUUGUCAACCGCACAGUUCGCGCUGGUGUUUACAAGGAUGUCGGGAUCAUCAUGAGUAAGAGCGCUGUCUCACCCGAGGACAAUGUGAGCCUCUACUUGCUUGGUGCUUUGACUUCUCCGAUGGAGCUCUCGUUCUGCAACCUGGAGAACAGCUCUGCCAGGGUAACCAUUGCUUAUACUUUUGAGAGAGUUCUGGAAUGCAGCUUUCCGCCAGUGGGCUGCAGUGAGUACAAUAAGGCUGCAGCCCGAUGGCAGGUCGAAGUCUGGAGUCACUGGGCAACAUCGCAUUAUGACAACGCCACAGAGGCCUGGACGGCUUUGGCCCAGCCGUAUGGUGGAGAGAAGGGGGUGGCGUGGUCCGCGUGGCCGCAGGUCUGGGCCAGCUUUAUUGGCAACUCAUCUGCUGUGGUGGGGGAAGAGUGGCAGCCUGGAUUUGCGUACUUGGACUCUUCUCGGGAUGGCUAUGUGUCUGAAGACGAGUUUGCAGAUGGCUUUGCGCUGUCAUCGUCCAAAGCACGGGCGCAGGAGGAGGAAAGUCCCAACAUUGUCAGUGAUGUUACAGAAGUAGUUGAGUCCAAUCAGUGGAUGUACUAUGCCCUGGUGGCCAUGGGAGUUGUACUUUUGGGAUGCUGUUGGCUUUGGUGGUGUAGGCCAAAGCGGGAUGGAGUGGCACGUUCUGUAUCGCAGCUGUCCAGAACAGACGUUGAGGCUGGAAAGCAACGAGCAGGAGCACACCGGCCAAAGAAAUCCGACCCCAUGCUAAAGGCAGGGCAUGGCCACAUCAAUGGCAACGGCAACGUGAAGGAGACUUUUUUUGAUCAAGAUCUCCCUGGGAAGGCACCACCAGGGCCACAAGGGCCAUCAGGGCCACCAGGCCCUGCGCAAAAUGGGCUUUGGCUGUUCCCUCAGAUCGGACAGGGCUCUGGACUGCCACAGUUGCACCAAGAGUCUUUUCGCUACAGCCCCCUCCCAAUGCAGGAGGACCUGCACCCAAUGCAGCCUGGAGGCAGUUUCUCAAUGCAGGCUGUCCCUCGCUCAUCAUCUCACGAGAGUUUCUCAGGCCCAACUGGAGCUGGAACGUGGUCAAAUGCAUCGCAGCUUCCACAGCUGGGGUCUUUUUCCCUGCCGCCUGGACAGUUGAAUCCCUACCCGUUGCACCCAGGGCUCGGCUCGCCUACUCACCUUGGAAUGCCAGGCUCACCUACUCACCUUGGAAUGCCAGGGGGACAGGAUCCUUGGAUGGACCCAAUGUGGCAGUCCAGGCCUUUGAACACUAGUUUCUUUCAGGUGGAUCUUCCAAGAGCGGAUGGGAUCUUCCGCAAUCAGGCCAGCUUUUCGGCUCAACCCCUCUCAGCGCAGGUGAACCCAACGAAGAGAGAGCAAGGAGUCGUUCAGGCUGAACUUGCUGGUCCUGUGCAGGUUGAAGCCCCUCCAAUCUCUGGGACAAAGGAGGAUGGCUGGGACCGAAUUGCGGAUGCCAUUGGCACACCGGCUUUGAACCCUCUAAGGGCAGAGCUCACACGUUGA